GCGCUAAACGUGGGUAUCAAGUCGUGCUUGCCCGCACCUGCAAGCCCGGGCUUUACGAGCGCGCAGCUAAUUUACCCAAAUAAUAGUUCUACCUGGUACUCACUAGACUCAACGACUGCAGGUAAAUCAGAGGCUUGCCCAAGAUGGCAGACCUGUAGUCGAAUCCUCCUUGAGUUCUCCUUCCUCGAGUGAGGAAUGGACUCAUCCGACCAGCAUGACACGCGGCCUACGAAACGACGCCGCCUGUUACCACCGGACUCAGGUCCAUAUGUUUUGCGCAAGGUCUUGGAAGACAUACCUUUGGUCAGCGAGGACGGAAACGACCAAGUGUCUGUAACAUGUGUCGAGUAUUGGAACAACAAUCUGUACAUUGGGACAUCUGCCGCAGAGAUCCUGCACUUGGUCGCCAUACCCCCGGGGCAAGAAGACGACAGUGCUUCGCCCAUUUUCAUUCUCGCCUCGAGGUUACAGCCUAGCGGCCAUGCUGCUUCCGCAAACUCCGCAGACGCACCAGGUAUUCAGCAAAUCCUCGUCUUUCCAGGGCCAUUGAAGGCCUGCGUCCUUUGUAAUGGCGUCGUCUCCUUCUAUUCGUUACCCGAAUUCAGUCCGGCCUUCCCGAACAGAGAGCCUACUGGUGUGCAGUGGAUUGGUGGGAUUGACGAAAAUGAAGACGUAGACAAUCCAGAAGGACCUGUGCUCAUGAUUGCAAAUGCUAGGAGGAUACUACAAGUCCGAGUUGGCGAAAAGCUGAGGCCUAUCAAGAAUAAUAUUGAAUAUCCGAAGUGCUUGCGAUCCAGCAGGAGGGAGACUAUUGCUUGUGUUGCCGACGAUGAGAGCUAUGCGUUGCUGGACGUGGUACAUCAACAGAAGAUCCCGCUGUUUCCAAUCUCACCUCUACCACCUGAAGAAGCGGAAGUACCAGAUGAACGCCAGACAUCUCCAGUCCGACCACCUCCGCCACCUGAGAAGGGCGGACAUGGCCGAAGCACCAGCAUGGGAAAUCUAGUGCCUUCGACGGAUACGGAGCGGAACAAGAACACAGCGGGUCGUUUGGCACCACCGAGUGCAGACUCGGCUGGUCUUGACAGAAUAUCAUCUCCAUCGCCAGCCCCGAAGCCAGACGCCAGUAUAGAAGGGGUUGAACGUCCUAUACUUCGGCCACGCGCCUCUACGGAAGUGCUCCAGGGGAAGACUACCUCUGCUGCUGCACAGAUGCGGGCGAGGAGUAGUUUUCAGCCUCAUAUACUUUCGCCAUUUCCUACCGAAUUCAUGUUGACCACCGGGACGACUGACCUGGAACCUGGCGUGGGCAUGUUUGUCAAUCUGGACGGUGAUGUAGUUCGAGGUACGAUCGAGUUCGAGUCAUAUCCUGAAGAUUUACUUGUGGACAAUUUCUGGGUGCCCGAAAAAGGUGGCGCGCCCAUGUCAGAUGAGGAACACAAAAUCGUUAUUGCACUUCUACGACCUGCCCAGCCUAUCGCGGAGAGGCGUUUGGAGUUUCAGAAGAUCGAAAAUGCGUCUGAAAUAAGCCAUCCGCGGUCUCUAAUUACCCUUCCAUCGGGGUUUCUUGAGCCUCAACGAGCUGGGCUGCACCACAAUUUGAGUACUCAUCAGUAUCUGUUCGAAACAGCCAGUGAGCUUCUCCGGCUUGUACCAUUGUCAAUUGGUUCUCAAGGACAGCAACAGCAGACUUCGGCUGGCGAAGCUGAUCCAAGGACUCAGUCCGCUGUCGAACAAUUGGAGCAAGAACGUGAGCUGUUUGAAAACCAGCCUACGAAUCCACCUGCGGGGCCAUCUCCUGAACUCAUUCGUAAACGUUCCGAAGAAGAGAGCAAGCUUGCACGUCGAUUCGGGCGAGCUUCCUCGAGAAAUGUAGUCUGGCAUGGAAAGGAUAUCUUCAUGAUCUUACAGAAUCCCUUGGUUUCACAGCUGGAACAUCGGCUUAUGCAGUAUAUGGUUGACGGUCAACCAAGUAGUGUGAAGCCUGGCCAGAUCUUUGGGUUUCUUGCAAGCAUCCACGGCCGCGAGCCCACCGAUGAGACGGAGUUCAUGACAUUGAACUAUAUUCGACAGAAGGCCAGCUUGAUCCUGCUUUUACACAUGGUAACGCAGCUUACCAGCUCCUCGGGAUCAGAGGAUACACUCCGGGCGGUGGAGAACACCUUACACGAUGGAGGCUUAGAUCCACGGAUAGUCCUGCUGCUCGCCCCUCCUCUCGCAUCUGAAGUGCUGUAUGGUCCUGAGGGGAUUUGGCUUCAUCAAGGCAUGGCGGACAUGCUCGACACAUUUGAGACGCCAAUCUCCGGAUUCGGAGAUGCGCCUGUCGAAUUCUGGAUGAUGAUGCGUCACUUCUUGAUGCUCUGGCAAGAGAAGAGGGGAUACGGCAGCAUCACUGACGACAAACAUGUGUUCGAUUCUGUGGACGCCGCGCUGCUUCACGUGCUGCUAUAUCUGGAUCAAGCUCUCCCAGCAGAUAGUCCAGCACAGAAAUCCGUCAAGGUCAAACUGAAUAACCUCGUUGACUACUGGAAGGGCGACUUCGAUCGAGCGAUCCUUCUCUUGGAGAGAUACAACCGCUUGUUUGUUCUAAGCCGACUCUAUCAAAGCAAGAAGCAAGCUCGUGAUGUGCUUGCCACUUGGAGACGCAUCGUCGAUGGAGAAAAGGAUGUCGACUAUGGCUUCAACCUGGAAUAUGUGGAAUCUCAGCUACGGCGAUAUUUGACGCUCAUAAGAGAUGCCGACUUGGUGCAGGAAUACGCGCUGUGGCUGGCUCAAUAUAAUGCUCCGCUUGCGGUGCAGAUCUUUACGGACGAUGCAGCCAGGGUCAAAUUCGAUCCCCAUCAGGUUGUUCCUCUGUUGAAGGAGCACGCUCCCGGGGCCGUGCAACAGUACCUUGAGCACCUUGUUUUUGGCAAAGGUCUAGACAUAUAUGCCGAUGACUUGAUCGGAUACUACCUGGACUCCGUUCUGACAGUGUUAGAGAAGUCAGAGUCGGCCAGGGCCUCACUAGCAGAGAGCUAUUCGACAUAUCGCGCUCUAGAAUCUCCCAAGCCGACCUACCUCGACUUCAUCAACCAGAAUGCCCCGGAUGAGCAGUGGUGGCAAUCUCGACUUCGCCUUCUCCAGCUGCUGGGAAGCGGUGCUUAUGCUAGCACCACAGGCGCUACGGGCAAAGACCUCACUUAUUCGGUGCCAAUGGUCUUGGAACGCCUGGCUCCGUUCUCCGAGUACCUCGUGUCCGAGUCGAUCAUCCUUGACGCGCGACAAGGCAGGCAUAAAGAAGCUCUAAAGCUCUUGACGCAUGGCUUGGGCGAUUUUGACACGGCAAUUCGGUAUUGCUACUUCGGUGGUCCCGCCCCUGCCUUUGCGCAAACUAUCGAUGCCGGCGCGCUGCCUCCGCGCACCGUCCAGCAGGAACUCUUCAACUUCCUGUUCCAUGAAUUCCUGACAAUCGAGGACGUGGAAGACCGCCUCGAGCGUACUAGCCAUUUGCUAGGCAAGUUCGCGACGUACUUCGACCCGUUGACUAUAUUGCAAGAUAUACCAGAUGAUUGGAGCGUGGACAUGCUCUCGGAGUUUCUGCUGCGGAGUUUCCGCGCUGCCACGACGGAAAGGAAUCAGGCAGUCAUCAUCAAGGCUUUGAGCGCGGCACAGAAUCUGCAGAAACAGGCUGAGUUCAUUGAGGUUUGCGAGAAGAUUGGCGCACGGUUUGAGAGCGAUGAAGGUGCUGAGGGGGGCCUUGGCGCCCCAGGCGAGAUGGAGGUAGACGUCGAUGGUGCAUGAAGAGGAAGUGCCGUGAGGCAGAAAUUGGGCAGCCCAGGUCGACUAAGUAUAUCACUGUGCAAGAAGACACGAGUCCGAAUAUCCUCAAAUUAGAAAGAAUUAGACAUUAUUUCCAGCAGCGAGAACCAGCACACCGGGG